AUGAAUUUUUUAAUAUAUUAGUCCUUUUAUUUUUUUUUUACUUCUGGUUUCAUGAAUUUUUAUAAAAUCAAUUAAUUAGCUACUUAUAAUUUAUUAUGGUGAUCCUACAAUUUAUAGUAAGAAGAUAUUCCUAAUAAAGCUUCAAGAUUGAUAAAUGAUCUUAAAGAAAUAUUGAUUUGAGAGUACAUUUGGAAAUCAGAAUUCAGAAUAAGAGCUUCGAUAGGAUGAAAAGUAAAGCAUAUUCAUGAUAAUUAUGUUGUAAAAACAUUAGAUUUAUUUAAUCAAACUUAUUGUUAUUAGUAAAUUAUUUUAUUGAUUCUUUAUAGCUCAAAGACAUUAGUGGAUGAAUUAUCAUCAAAAAGUGAAAGAAAAUUUCAGAGUUCAUAAUUAAUGA